AUGGCAAGUUCUGCCUCUCUGGAGACGGUGAUGUCCUGCGGUAGGACCGGACCGUCCGCGGCUCCCAAGACCCUGGCCUUCUCCAUAGACCGGAUCAUGUCCAAGAGCUCGGAGCCGAAGGGGAGCGCGGAGGAGCGGGCAGAGGGGAAGAAGCUGCUCGGGCUCUGCUCCCCGAUCCCCUGCAUGAUCCCGCUGCAGCCCUUCAGCUACGACCUCCAAGCCAAGGCGCUGAUGAACUACUCGGAGCUGUGGAGAGCCAGUUUCAGGGGGACUUUUUGCGGUUCCGCAGCCGCUCCGUGCAAAGGGAACUGCGGCAUGUGCGGCAAAGCGGAGCCGGGCUUGAAACAGCCGCUGCUGACGUCGGGGAGCAGGGUGGUGAAACCGCAGGUCAUCCACCAGGCCGUGGCCGUGCCCAGCGGCGGAUCGCUCUACUAUCUCAACUACCUGGACUCUGCGUACCAGCAGUCGGAGCUGCUGGCCGGACACUGGUUCUCCAGCCCGCAGGCCCAGGCCUCUCUGUCGGCGCACCACAGGCUCUUGCUGCUGGAGAACGCCAAACUGGCCGGGGUGGGCGCCGACAAGCUGCCCACACCUCAGUACCCGCACAAAGAACAUCUGCCGGGGCAGCUGGACCAGAUAGUGAAGGAGAACCACGGCCUGAGCGCCGAGAAGAGCGGCGUCAAGACGCACAGCAAACUCGGUAGCAGCGGCAGCAGCGCGGCGGACGGGAAACCCAAAAACUUCACGUGUGAAGUUUGUGGAAAGGUUUUUAACGCGCAUUACAAUCUGACCAGACACAUGCCGGUGCACACCGGGGCCCGGCCCUUCGUGUGCAAAGUGUGCGGGAAAGGAUUCCGGCAGGCCAGCACGCUGUGCAGACACAAGAUCAUCCACACGCAGGAAAAGCCUCACAAAUGCAACCAGUGCGGGAAGGCGUUUAACAGAAGCUCCACGCUCAACACUCACGUACGGAUCCACGCCGGGUACAAACCGUUCGUCUGCGAGUUCUGCGGGAAAGGGUUCCACCAGAAAGGAAACUACAAGAACCACAAGCUGACUCACAGUGGGGAGAAGCAGUACAAGUGCUCCAUCUGCAACAAGGCCUUCCAUCAGAUCUACAACCUGACCUUCCACAUGCACACGCACAACGACAAGAAGCCCUUCACCUGCGGCACCUGCGGCAAGGGCUUCUGCCGCAACUUUGACCUGAAGAAACACAUCAGGAAGCUGCACGAUAAUGUCUUCUCUGUGGCCACAGAGGCCUCCCGAGAGCUGCAGAGCUGA